CACGACGGAACACAUUUGUUGUACAAGUUUUUUUUUAUUCAGUUCCCUCUUAUCGAGAGAGUAGUUUGUGCCGAAAAAUCGAAUACUACAGACAUCAAAAAAGCUGCAUGGAAUAUUUUUAAUAAACAUUACAGCAAAAAUCUCAUUGUGCAUUUAAUAUUACAAAAUUCGCCGAUUCAGGAUGGUAUAUGACGCAGAAAAACAUGAGCCAAUUCGGGAUGAGGAUACGGAAAAUGCGAUAGCAUUAGUGCCAAAAAAGACAAAAGAUGAGCAACAGGAUGAAGAUUAUGAUCCAUAUAAACAUCGUAAUAUACCAAAUCCAACGUCGAAUUCAGAGACUCUCGCGCAUUUAUUGAAAGGAUGUUUAGGAACCGGAAUCUUGGCUAUGCACGAGGCAUUUAAAAAUGCAGGAUGGCUCAAUGGAUUAGUCAGUAUGGCAAUCAUCGGUUUCGUUUGCACAUACUGCUUUCAAAUUCUCGUUAAAUCGCAAUACGUUCUAUGCAAGAAACAUCGAAGACCGAUUUUAUCAUAUCCAGAAAGUAUGAAGCUUGCUCUUCAACAAGGUCCGGGAGCUUUAAAAUGGAUAGCACCAAGUGCUGUUUUAAUCACUGACGGAUUUUUAAUUAUUUAUCAACUUGGUGUAUGCAUUUGCUAUAUUGUAUUUGUCGCCAAAAAUGUACAGCAAAUUAUCGAAGCUCAUAUAACUGAAAUGUCUAUUACAACUGUGAUGUUAAUCAUGUUUCUGCCACUUUUGGCUAUCAAUUGCCUUAAAAGUCUCAAAGUUCUUGCCCCAUUCUCGACUUUUGCUAAUGUUGUCACAUUCGUUGGCUUAGGAUUCGUUCUUUACUACGUUUUCCAAGAUUUACCAGAAUUAUCGACUAUACCAGCUGUAGGCCCAAUUGAAUCAUAUCCAUUAUACUUUGGAACUGUGCUAUUUGCAUUAGAGGCAGUAGGGGUAUUUAUAGCCUUGGAAGCAAAUAUGGAGAAACCAAAAAAUUUCGUUUCAAAGUUCGGCGUACUCAAUAUGGGAAUGAGUCUUGUAACAUUACUAUACGGAUUCGUUGGAUUCUUUGGGUAUCUUAAAUACGGAGAUAAAUCAAAAGACAGCAUAACAUUGAGCCUACCACAAGGAGAGCUGUUGCCCGAAAUAACAAGAGGCUUAUUUACUUUUGCCAUCUUCAUAUCAUAUGCGCUUCAAUGUUAUGUGCCGAUAUCGAUAAUUUGGGAGAAUUAUUUCAGCGAUGACAUCAAGAAAUCGGAAAAGAGUGAACGAUAUUUGCUAGGAUUGAGAAUUGUCACAACAAUAUUUACGUUCCUAGUAGCUGCUGCAGUUCCUCACCUCGGAUUAUUCAUAUCAUUAUUCGGUGCAUUUUGUCUCAGCAUUUUAGGAUUGGCCUUUCCAGCUAUCAUGGAAAUUUGUGUCAUGUAUCCAGACAAAUAUGGUCCAAUGCAUUGGCACUUGUGGAAAGACUUGGCGUUAGUGAUAUUCGCAUUCGCAGGAUUAACAAGUGGCACAUACGCAUCAAUGAAAGAUAUUAUUGCGACAUUCUCAAACACAGCCACACAAUAAACAUUUUAUUACCCCAAACAAACAAUAGUUAUCGAUGAGUUCGAUAUGAGCUAGUAGAUGAUUAUUCAUUUGAAAUAAGAAGAUAAAGUUUACGUUUAAACAUCUGUGCUCAAAGCUUAUAAACAACCUUUUUUUACUAUCUAAUGAUGCAGAAAUGUCAUUUAAAGUUUAAUUUAACUGCAUAGCAACUGCAUUAAGUGUUCAUUUUGGCUACAAAUAAGAAUCUAUUAAUGGAAAGUUCAAAAGUGCGUUUUAAGCCAUCCACAUGCUUAAAACUACUAAUCUUUUAUGUUUGGAAUUUUGCCAAAGAAAAUUGCAUUUUCAUUGUCAGGCUUAAUAUGCUUUGUGCUGAUUGUUCUACAAAUUAUAGAUUUUUUUUUUUUUAUAAAGCUGUAAUAAACUCCUUUUUAAAACCAGAUUAUUGUUUU